CUCACCAAACCCCUGCGCUCAUAUGUCAUAUCCCCUCUCUACGUUCUCAACUCUUGUGUCUUGUCUUGUCAUCUCCACCGCCGUAUCGAUCCCUUAUUCUCUUUGCACUCUUCUCCCUCAAAAUCCCUGAUUUGGCAUCUCUUUCUAAUUUCUGAAUAUCCUUUUUCCCUUCUCCGCCCUCUGAUCUCGAGUUCAUACCGAUCGCAUCAAUCGCGACUCUGAAAUCCGCUCUCGCUUUCAGAUUUCACAAGACGUUAGAAAUAUCGCCGGCCACCAACCACUCCAACCAACCCCCGCUAUCUGAAGAUCCCGGCGACCUCGAUCUGAUCCCACCCGGCAACCCUCCAAACUCCCGAUGGCAACCAUUUCCAAGCUCUCCUCCAAUCUUCACCACCCUCUCCUAUCAUCUUCCCAUCCCAACACGCCAUCCUCCUUCCCCAACCUUUCCUUCAUCCCCUUCCACACCCCCAACCGUUCUUCUCCUCCUUCGGCCCUUCUCCGGCUUCGUUUCGCCAUCAAACCCUCGACGCCCUCUUUUCUAGUUAGGUGCUCUGCUUCCGCGGGGAAUGGGAGCCCUACCAAGAGAACUACGCUUCAUGAUCUCUAUGAGCGGGAGGGUCAGAGCCCUUGGUAUGAUAACCUCUGCCGCCCUGUGACCGAUCUCAUCCCUUUGAUUGAGACUGGUGUUAGAGGUGUCACUAGCAACCCAGCGAUUUUCCAGAAGGCCAUCUCAUCCUCCAACGCUUACAACGAUCAGUUCAAGGAGCUUGUACAGUCCGGGAAAGACAUUGAAAAUGCAUAUUGGGAGCUCGUAAUUAAGGAUAUUCAGGACGCGUGCAAGCUCUUUGAGCCUAUUUAUGAUCAAACGGACGGCGCUGAUGGCUAUGUCUCUGUUGAGGUUUCUCCUAGACUAGCUGAUGAUACCCAAGGGACCGUUGAGGCCGCGAAAUGGCUGCAUAAGGUGGUGGAUCGUCCCAAUGUGUACAUCAAGAUUCCUGCUACUGCUGCAUGUGUGCCCUCCAUUAAGGAUACCAUUUCGCUUGGUAUUAGUGUGAACGUGACUCUUAUAUUCUCACUCGCUCGAUACGAAGCUGUAAUUGAUGCUUACUUGGAUGGCCUCGAAGCAUCUGGCCUAAGCGACCUCUCUAGAGUGACGAGUGUUGCUUCCUUCUUCGUAAGUAGGGUGGACACUCUCAUUGACAAAAUGCUGGAGAAGAUUGGAACUCCAGAAGCACUAGAUCUCCGCGGAAAGGCUGCAGUAGCUCAAGCAGCCCUGGCAUAUCAGCUGUACCAGAAGAAAUUCUCUGGACCAAGAUGGGAAGCCUUGGUGAAGAAGGGUGCCAAGAAGCAGAGGCUGCUGUGGGCAUCAACUAGCGUGAAAAAUCCUGCCUACCCUGAUACUCUAUAUGUGGCACCCCUUAUUGGACCAGACACGGUUUCAACCAUGCCUGAUCAAGCACUUCAAGCAUUUGUCGAUCAUGGAACCGUUGGGAGGACCAUCGAUUCCAGUGUGUCGGAAGCUGAAGGGAUCUAUAGCGCGCUGGAGAAGCUGGGCAUUGGUUGGAGCCAGGUAGGAGAUCAGCUGGAGGCAGAAGGAGUCGAUUCAUUCAAGAAGAGCUUUGACAGUCUGCUGGAUACCCUGCAAGAAAAGGCCAACUCCCUUAAGCUGGCUAGCAUGUAAAGUGAAAGUUAGCAGUCAUUGAGUUCUCGUUUGAUGUGGAGGAGAGUUUGUGGUUUUCGGCAAUAAGAACGUCGUCGGGGUUGCAUCAUUGAGGUCGUGGGUUAGGCAUGCGUGGGUAUGCACUAUAUGUUUUCCAAUAAAUGUGUUUAAAUCGAUCAAUAAAUGGUCGUAGCACUUCUGUUCUGUUCUGUUCUGUUCUGUUCUGUUCAUCCUUCCCUUCCCUUUUUUCUUUUCUAAAAUUUGCAAGCGCUAAUGGUGAGUAUGAUUAACCAUAUCCAUAAGAAAUGGACCAGAGUUCAGUUCCGAAUAUCUGUACAGGCCAGGAUCAUAUAUGGUUCUUGGUGCAAUUGUCCUGAACAGCAGAACUUGGGAAAUUGGAUUGCUCUUUUACUGUUUGUGACGACGUGGAAUUGUCACUCACUGAAUUGGAUUGCUUUGAAUUAGUAAGUUGUUGACGAAAGUGUUUUGUAAUGCUAACUGUGG